GUUGAAUUCAAUGGAAACAGCAUGAAUGUGUGGAGUUUUACAAUUUUUAGGGUCUGUUACAUAUUGACACCAAUUUUAUAAUGAUGGCUUUACCUGUUGGAUAUUCCAAGUAUUGGGCAUGUGUCAAAUGUGCGUCAAGGAUAUCUAAUUCAGAGGGGAGAAAUUUCAGUUAUCCAAAACUUUUCAGCACAACCUCUUCUUUCAAAACCAAAAAUGAAUCAGCUUGGAUUGAACCACAGGGAUAUAAUACUGGGGUUAAAGUAUACAACAGUUUAACAAGAAAAAAGGACUAUUUAGUUCUCCCAUCAGGACCUGUAGCUUUCUGGUAUAUGUGUGGUCCAACAGUUUAUGAUGAAGCUCACAUAGGACAUGCUAGCUCAUAUGUUCGGUUUGAUAUCAUAAAAAGAAUACUUCAAAGCAUCUUUAAUAUUAAUGUUGUACAAGUCAUGGGAAUAACAGAUAUAGACGACAAGAUAAUAAAAAGAUCAAUAGAGGUUCAGUCAGAUUGUAGUACAAUCUCAAGAAAGUAUGAGCAAGAGUUUGACAGGGAUAUGUUGUCUCUUAAUGUGUUACCACCUGCUGUUAAGACAAGAGUCACUGAGCACAUUCCACAGAUAUUGGAUUUUGUUAGGCAAAUUAUGGACAAAAAAUUAGCAUAUGUCACAAAAGAUGGUAGUGUCUAUUUUGAUGUGGAACAGUAUGGCUACUAUGGGAAAUUGAUGACACACAGUGUAGAUGCACAGAUAAGAGAUGCGGAAAUCCCAGAAAAGAGAAGUGCAAGAGAUUUUGCCUUGUGGAAAGCAGCUAAGCCUGGAGAACCAUGGUGGGAAUCACCUUGGGGUCGUGGAAGACCCGGUUGGCAUAUAGAGUGUUCAGCCAUGGCACAUUCUAUCUUUGGAGAAAAACUUGAUAUUCAUACCGGUGGUGAAGACCUUUUGUUUCCACACCAUGAAAAUGAACUGGCCCAGUCCCAGGCUUGUCUUGGUUGUGAUCAGUGGUGCAAUUAUUGGAUGCAUACAGGACAUCUGCAUUCAAAAGGUGAUGCUGAGAAGAUGUCCAAAUCUUUGAAAAAUACAUUAUCUAUAACAGAACUACUGCAGACAUAUACAGCCAAUCAGUUCAGGAUGUUUUGUAUGCUUUCACCAUAUAGGAACAGAUUGGAGUACAGUGAUGAGACAAUGUUAAGGGCUGUUGCAAUACACCAGCAGUUGAUGUCUUUCCUCAACACAGCAGAUUUGUAUGUAAAAGGACAAUUACAGUGCCAAACAUUCAGUCCUGCAGACCUCAUGAAAAGCCUUCAGGACAGUAGAAGUAAGGUUAUGGAAUCUCUGACUGAUGACUUCAACACUCAAGCAGCUGUCGAGAAUAUAUUACAUUUAGUAUACUCAGCAAAUGUGUCACUUGGAAUUGGGAAACGAGCAGACGCUGAGAGCUCAGGUUCAAGGCAUCCUGCUGCUGUUGCAGCCAUUGCAGAAUUUAUAGAACAGACUAUGAAUAACAUGGGCGUAGGAUUUGUUGGGAGAAAGGGUGCUAGUGAAGACUCCCAUUCAGCAGUACAACUUGGACAAGUGAUGGAUGAAGUGUUAGAAUUCAGGAAGAGUGUUAGAUUAUGGGCAUUGGAUGUGAAUGCUGAAGUAGAUAAACAAAUGGAAGGUCAAACUGAUAAAAGUGCUAAAAAACAAAUCAAGAAAGAAGUCCUCUACAACAGACAGCCACUGCUCAAGGCUUGUGAUGAUUUGAGGGGAUCCUUGCAGGGGAUAGGUAUCCAGGUCAAGGACAUAUCCAAAGAAAAUUCUACAUGGGAAUUUGUUGAGAAGACGCAGCAAAAGAAAGACUAAUUUAAUGAAAAUUUGAUUCAGAUAUGACAAUAGAGAAGUGCUUGGAUCUCCAGAUGGAAAAUGUUGAAAAUAUUACUCCAGUCAGCUGUGGUACUUACUUUGCAGAGAUGUUGCAAAUUAUAUAAUAAUCCUCACAGAACAUUUUGAGUUGUUACUAUAAACAUAUGAAUGAAAGCAAUGAAUAAAAGUUUUUUAAUUGGUGGAAUGAAUUUUGAAGUUUUAUAAUGAAACAAGAAAA